AUUUCAUCUCUUGUGAAACGGAGUUGAAACAGAGGGAGUUGUAUUUAAAUUCUUGUUAAUAUUUUUCCCAUAUAUAGAAGGUUCAAAAUAAAUAUCAUGGGUUUUGCUGUCUUCUCCCUUCCCCAAACCGAACCAGUGUCAUAGAUGAAUAGAAAUGGCUACCGGAGAAAACAGAACCGUGCCGGAAAAUCUGAACAAACACCUCGCAGUUUCAGUUCGAAACAUUCAAUGGAGCUAUGGAAUAUUUUGGUCUAUCUCUGCUUCUCAACCAGGAAUGCUGGAAUGGGGAGAUGGAUACUACAAUGGAGACAUUAAGACGAGGAAGACGAUUCAGGCAGUGGAAGUCAAAGCUGACCAGUUGGGUCUUGAGAGAAGCGAGCAGCUUAGAGAGCUUUAUGAAUCUCUCUCGCUCGCGGAUUCCUCAGCCUCCGGUGGCUCUCAGGUCAGUAGACGAGCUUCCGCUUCGGCUCUCUCUCCUGAAGAUCUCACCGACACCGAGUGGUACUACCUAGUAUGCAUGUCUUUCGUCUUCAACAAUGGUGAAGGAAUAACGGGAGGAGCAUUAGCAAACGGAGAACCAAUAUGGCUAUGCAACGCUCAUACCGCCGAUAGCAAAGUCUUCACUCGCUCUCUUCUGGCUAAAAGUGCUUCGCUUCUGACAGUAGUUUGCUUCCCAUUUCUUGGAGGAGUCUUUGAGAUUGGCACAACCGAACAUAUUACAGAGGACUUGAACGUGAUACAAUGCGUGAAGACGUUAUUCCUUGAAGCUCAUCCUUAUGGAACUAUAUCAACGAGAUCUGAUUAUCAAGAAAUAUUUGAUCCUCUAAACAGCGAUAAGUACAUUCUUGGAACUGAAGCUUUUCCCACAACUUCUACAAGUGGGUUUGAACAAGAACUAGAGGAUCAUGAUUCGUUUAUCAACGGUGGUAGUGCGUCUCAGGUACAAAGCUGGCAGUUUGUGGGUGAAGAACUCAAUAACUGCGUUCACCAACCGCUUAACUCUAGCGAUUGCGUUUCCCAGACGUUAGUUGGAACAACCGGGAGAGUUUCUUGCAAUCCAAGAAAGAGUAGGACUCAACGGUUAAGUCAAAUCCAAGAACAGAGUAACCGUUUGAAUAUGGACGAUGAUGUUCAUUACCAAGGCGUGAUCUCGACGAUAUUCAAAACAACGCAUCAGCUCAUUCUUGGACCGCAGUUUCAGAACUUUGAUAAGCGGUCAAGUUUCACGCGCUGGAGGCGGUCGUCAUUGUCAUGUCCCUGAUCCUGGAUAUGAUCC